UUUGAGUGUGUGUCUGUCUGUGUGUGUGAGGUCUAGUGAUCUGAAGUUAGUUUGCUCUUCUCUCUGUUCCUGUUUGGAUGGUUAUUUCGACGCAAAAUGAACUUCGGAAAACUUUAAAUCUUCAUGAGUUCCGAGGACAACGAUUAAUCGCUCAAAUGGGGGAUGUGGACUGCAGGUCUGUUGUAAAACUGAAUCUGGUUCAUUAAAGUAGUAAAUCCUCCAGUCCGACAGCAUGGAUCUGCUGGGCCGGUCCGGAGGGGAGAUUCAGCGCAGAAACCCGCAGCACGACUUUGAGCUGAUCCAGAGAGUUGGCAGCGGGACCUAUGGAGAUGUGUAUAAGGCUCGUAACAUCUCUACUGGAGAGCUUGCAGCAGUGAAGAUCAUCAAACUUGAGCCCGGUGAUGAUUUCUCAAUCAUCCAGCAAGAGAUUUUUAUGGUGAAGGAAUGCACCCAUCACAACAUUGUGGCUUACUUUGGCAGCUACCUCUGCCGUGAGAAGUUGUGGAUUUGUAUGGAAUACUGCGGUGGAGGUUCCUUACAAGACAUUUAUCAUGUUACAGGUCCGCUCUCUGAACUUCAGAUCGCCUAUGUGUGCAGAGAGACGUUACAGGGUCUCGCUUAUCUGCACUCCAAAGGCAAGAUGCACAGAGACAUCAAGGGGGCGAAUAUUCUGCUCACCGACAAUGGAGAUGUCAAAUUAGCGGACUUUGGAGUGGCUGCUAAAAUAACGGCCACCAUGGCGAAAAGGAAAUCCUUCAUUGGGACGCCCUACUGGAUGGCUCCAGAGGUGGCGGCAGUGGAGAAGAAUGGAGGUUAUAAUCAUCUGUGUGAUAUCUGGGCUGUUGGAAUCACAUCCAUAGAACUGGCAGAACUACAGCCUCCCAUGUUUGACCUCCAUCCCAUGAGGGCUUUAUUUCUGAUGUCUAAAAGCAACUUUCAGCCACCCAAGCUAAAGGACAAGACCAAAUGGUCUACAGCCUUCCAUAAUUUUAUUAAAAUUUCCCUCACAAAAAACCCAAAGAAGAGGCCAACAGCUGAGAAGCUGCUCUCGCACUUAUUUGUGGCUCAGACAGGUUUGACUCGACGGUUAGCUUUAGAGCUACUUGAUAAGAUGAACAACCCAGAUAAUCAUCAAUCUCACUUCAGCCAGGGAGAUGAAGAUGACUUGGAGCCGCUUUCAGAGCGCCACACCAUCCGCUCGUCCCACAGCAGGAACUCUCGUGCUGAAAAGACCCAGUCUCAGAUCAACUUUGAUAGGCUUCAGUUUGAGCCCCCCAUGAGGAAGGAGACUGAAGCAAGUGCUGAGAUGGAUGUAACUAAGGACAAUGAUUUCGCCUCCCCCUGGAGCCUAUUCACAGAGGGUCCCAUCACCUCCAGGAGUCUUCUGAAGAGCGUUGAAGAGGAGUUGUUUAUACGAGGGCACUUGGCUCCAUUAGAAGAUGCUUUUGAGGAUGUUGAUCUUUCAACUCUUAAACAGGGAGUGCCACCACCACUUCCUCCUAAGCCCUCUCAGGCUCGGUCUAGCAGUGUGUCCGAUGAGUUUGGUUUGAGCGACGGGGCUCAGACGGUGCGGAGGUUCGCGGGCUCUGAUAACGGGCCUGUACCAGUGUCUCGCAGACAGAGCACACCUGAGAGAGGAAGUAACGCAGAGCACAUCCACUCAGACUACAUGUCUGUGAGCGUCAGCAGCCCAGGGCUGCUCUCACACACCGCCGACCACGAGGAAGACUCAGACGAAAGUGUAAAUGGAGAUGUUUCAAAAUCACCUCCCGGCCGUCCCCAGAGGAAAGAGAGAAAAGAUUUUCCUAAACCUGCUAUUAACGGCCUGCCGCCCACUCCCAAAGUCCUGAUGGGAGCUUGUUUCUCAAAGGUUUUUGAUGGUUGUCCUCUUAAAAUUAACUGUGCCACUUCAUGGAUUCACCCAGAUACAAAAGACCAGUAUCUGAUAUUUGGCACUGAAGACGGAAUCUACACUCUGAACCUAAAUGAGCUGCAUGAAGCCAGCAUGGAGCAGUUGUUUCCACGGCGAUGCACGUGGCUGUACAUAAUCAAUAAUAAUCUGAUGUCAUUAUCAGGGAAGACGUUUCAGUUGUAUUCCCAUAAUCUGAUUGGGCUGUUUGAACAGCUCAGGAAACCUGGACUGGCCACUCAGUUCCACACCCACAGAUUCCCUGACAGAAUACUGCCCAGGGUUGUUGUUUUGGAGAGCCGGCCUACAGAUAACCCUACCGCUCUCAGUAACCUCUACAUCCUGGCUGGACAUGAGAACAGUUAUUAG